AUGGAAGCAAAUCUUGCUGUAGAGCAAGAGAGGAUGGAAGUAAAACGUGCCGUAGAGCGAGAGAGGAUGGAAGCAGAACGUGCAGCAAAGCGAGCAAAGAUGGAAGCAGAGCGUACACAACUUGAACAAAGGAUGGAGCAAUUGAUGGAACAGAGAAUACAAGCUCAGCUCACUACUUUCAUGCAAAAGAUGCAGUUAAAUGCUCCUGCAGAUACCCCUACUUCUAGCGCUUCAGCGGCGACAUUAGUCGCCGCCGAUUCUUAUGUUUUAGUGGCGACCUAUCUGGGUGGCAAACUCAUCACCUUUCAGCGGCGACAAAAAGUCGCCGCUGAUAAGUUUCAGCCACGGCCGCUACGGCAACGACCUAGUGGUGACAGAAUGUCACCGCUGAAGCUUUUCAGCGGUGGAGGUGGAGCAUUUAGUGGAGGGGGUUUAGGUGUUGAUGGAGGAGGUGGUGAUGAAAUUCUUGGGCUAGGUGGUGGAGGUGUGGAUGUUGAUGGGGGAGGCGGCGUACUUUUAGGGAUUGGUGGAGAUGAUGGACUUUGCAGUGAAGGAGAUGGUGAUAGUGAUGGGCUUGAUUUAAUUGGUGGAGAACGAUUGCUCGGAGAAAGUAAUGAGGAAGGAGAAGGAGAUAAAGGUAACAAUUGA